UUUAACACUUGGAAGUUGUAAAAUAAUCGGUAUUUUAAACGAUUAUUUUACCGAAGAACGUAUAUCCUACGUUUCUCUGGUAAAGAAAUGUCAAACGAAAACAGCUGUUACAUGUAAUGAGUGAAUACUCAACGCAUAUGCGUCAUGAAUCAUAAUUGAAUUGCAUUGACUUGCAGCACUUAACAUAAAACUAAGCCUUUUUUGUUAAUUGUAACAAAACAUUAAUAAAAUAAAUAAUUUAGAUAUAAGCAAAAGAGGCACAAAUAUAGGUGAUUCAAUGGAAGAUCAAGACAGUAUUUUAAAUAAAAUUGAGAAUGGUAUUUAUACACUAUCACGAAAGCAUAAACGUAAAAGCGGAAUUUGGGACAUCUUUGCAGAAAUAAAGAAGGAUGAUGGUUCCAUAGCAAAAGGAUAUUUGUGUUGCUUUAAAUGUAGUCGCCUGUUUAAAUUUGACGGUAGAAGUAUAUCAAACUUCAGACGUCAUACGUGUUUCCGAAAGAUUUCGCAAGGAAUGUCCUUGCCUGAUAAAGAUCCCUUAUUGCACGAACAUGCUUCAAUAGAGUAUGAACACGAGGAUAAAGACGUUCUUAAUAUUUUGCCAGAUGCCGCACAGCCAAAUGAAUCAUACUCAGAACAAUCGUUAUUUUCUCAAAGUGAAAGCAACAACAACAAAAUAUCACCUCCUCAUAAUGAUGGACCUAAAACGGGACCUAUGCAUACGGAGCAACUAAAUAGUCUUUGCGACAUGAUUAAAGUAGAUUUGCAAGAUGUCCCGGAUGAAGUCUUUUUUGAGGCAAAAUGGAAAAUAAUGGAUAUUUUAAGAGACGUUCACAGGAAAAGACUCGAAUGUGAACGUCAAACAUAUUCACGUUACUACAACUUUAAACAAUCAAGCCAAGCUGCUCCCAUCAGCUCAAAUUCUUUUGCGGGCCAUAGCUACGAUCAGCAGACGUAUUGAUUUGAAGUUUUACUGUACCUAACCGAGAGCAGAUUUAAAAAUUGGUUUUUAAGGUUAGCAAUAAAUAUAAGUAAUGACACAAGUAUUGGGCACAAUGCGAUCGCUCUUAAUACAUGUACAUACAAGUAAGAUGAUUAAAUUUUAAUAUAUACAUAUAUUUGUAGUUCAAAG